CUUACAUUGGAAACUGACCUAGCACAAUAGCGAUAACAAGCUACAAAAAAAUCUGAUGUGGAAUAUGCAACUAAUUUGUAGCUGUAUCGCAAUAGAAAGGUUAAUAAAAACGACAUAUGGUUACUAUUUACUUUAAGAGAACAUACGGAUGUGACUUAUUCAAUAAGAAGUCAUCACACGUAUGUGUUGGAAUGACAGAGUCCGAAACCAGGACGUGGUGCGUAACCGUGCGAACAAGGAUACCAAAACGGAAUGGAUCAAAAACAAGGCGCAAACAAAUAUUCAAUGAUUGGUUACUGAUGGCAACAGUCACCCCAGAACACAUUGGAUUUGAAAUAUUGAUAAAACGCAAUGUAUUUAAUAAAUGAAACAUGAGCACACAUAUGGGUCGAGCAUAUCUAAAUUCCUGCGUUAAAGUGCCUAUAGAUCCGUGCAAUAAUUGUCCGGCGCCCGUUUACAAUCGUCCCAGACUUUGCAUGGGCAAAAAAGUGAAGGCAAAGGCCAGCACAUGCAAAGCAGAAGAUGCCAUAGCGUCCAACUGGACAAGCCAAACGGGCAUACGAUCGCUGGCCAAGUUCUACGACAGCAUACCAGACUACUGUGAAGUGAAGCACCUACACAAAGCAGACUUCUAUUCAACUCUUGAAAGUCUGCGAACCACCAGUCGAGAGUUGCGCGCUCAGUCCGCGUCGCCAGAGCAACUAAAGGAAAGCGUCUCCUGCAAAGUCAAGCAACACAAUGUCAAGAGCAAGAAACUUAAAAAGAAAAUACCCAACAUACCGCCGUUGAUCCUGCCCGAGCAGGGCACACCCACACCCGAUGUUACACACAGUUCCAGCUGCCUCAGUGAAGAAUAUGAGAAGUGCAUUCGUGAUUUAAGUCGGCUGGCCAACUUCAAGCAGGAUUUUGCCAUCGAAGUGGAUGACUUUAAGCAAUCUCUCAAGGCUUUCGAGCAGGAAUUCAAGCGCAAUGCUGAGCGUCCAAAAUCCACCAGCAGUGGCACUCAGACCCUCAAACUAACGCCCAUGCCCAAGGUGCCUGCCAUGCACACAGCAGAGCGAGCUAAAGUUCGCAGCGAAAUGCUAAGGAAAUGCUACAGUGUCAAUGAUUUGAGUGCUAGCGGAACAGCAGCGCCCAAGUUGGAGCUGUUAACUCGAAGCAACUAUUUUCCAAGCAAAGAAGUACCCAAGUUGCACAUUGAGUCCCCCUCGGUGUCUUCCAAGCGCAGUAGCAACAGCUCCGCUUCUGGCUCAAGUCGUGUUCGUAGGCGACGUUCACGCAAGGUGAAAGUUACCUCUGUGGAAAAGAAGCAGCCGGAAUUGUUAAGCAUCUUUGAGCUGAAGCCACUGCCUGGGAAGCGCGCAUCUAGCGUAUCUCCGCAACAUCCAGUGGCACGACCCAAUCUGGCAGCCACUCUACGUGCUGAGGUUUCUCGCAAAAAGGUGAAGGACCUGAAAAACAAUUGCACUUUCCACGAUCCUAGGCCACAAUAUGAUUGGGAAGUGCGCAAGACGCCCGCUUGGAAAUCACUUUCCCUCAAUGAACCGCAUAAAGCGCUACUUUCUAUACGUCUGGCCACGCGCAAGGCGGAGCAAGCACUGCAGGAGCAUCAAUACGAGUUGCACAUGCAAAUGAUGCAGCAGCGGGUCAAAUCUGCGCCUUUGCUGCUCGAGGGUCAGACCUAUUGGGGUCCCGAAGUAGGCAAACUCAGCCAUAGCUGCCGCAGCGAGGCCAUGCUACAUGGCUGCGAAAGCAACCAACAACGCCGCAACAAGCAGCCCAAGAAGAAAUGCAACAGCAGCCGCUGUCCAACUGCAAUUACCGACGCGGAUAUUAAGGUACAGCAACUGCGCAAGAUCUAUGGCGCGCAGCUCAAGCCGAGUUCCCGGCAAUCGCAGCGCUCUACUUCACGUCGCCGGCAGGUGGAACAGACGCCCGAACCACACGACAGCGGCGACGAUUUGUGCAGCGUAGAUCGCGCAUUUCUGUAAAGCAAAUAAGUACACUAUAACAUUUUCUUCAACUUAAGA